UUGAAUGGAAAGAUCCGUAUCAGUGUACCUGGGGUGUCUGAACCAAGCUGUGCAAUGAAUAGAACGGUACGGUGCUGGUAUCCGUGUGCACAACACGCGAAUGUCAUACUGUUUGCGCUGGAUGGUGACAGAUGUUGACAGUUGUAUGCGAGCGAUAUAAUUCACAACAUGCAACGGUUAAAGCAGUUUGCAUUUAUAAUAAUGCUUCUACUAGAAAAGAAUAUGUGUACGAGCACAGACUCUACGUGUCCGCGAGACCAACAAUCUGUAUGAGGAAUGAAAAUGCUUUUGGCAAAUCGACGAAGGAGAGCCAACCCUGGUAGAACCGUUCAC